GAGGAGCCUAUCUAAGUCUUGGGCCAGCUGGGCCUCGCACCGCUCACACUAUGGGCUCGGCGUGGUCUGCGCCUGCUUUUAGGGCCGUGCGAAACGGAGAUAUCGCCGAGAUUGAAAGGCAGAUACGAGCAUACAAUGGUAGAGACAACUGGCGCGACCUGCGCGACGGCAAGGACCGCAAUUCGCUGCUGCACAUCGCUGCCCUCCACGGCAAACCCCAAGUCGUGAAGCUCCUUACCAAGCAGUACAGCUUUCCCACAGAGAUGAUUAACGGCAGGAACAACACUGCGUUGCUGGAGGUCGCACGUGUGUCCGGCGUGGACUCUCAGGCCUGCUUCUCGGAGGUGGUGCAUACGCUGCUCACGAGCGGCGCCGACGUCAACGCAAUUGGCGAGAACGGCUGGUCCGUGCUGCACUGCCUCGCCCUCAACCCCAACCCCCGCCUGCGCGUGCCGCAGCAGCGUGACGUGGCGCGCCACCUCAUCCAGCACGGCGCCAGGCCCGACGUCCAGGACAGCUCUGGCCGCCUCGCCCUCCACCAUGCCGUCGACACAGGCCACCUGCACCUCCUCUGCGCCCUCGCCGACGCCGCUCCGGGCCUCAUCACCGCCCAGGCCUGGGGCGCGGAGCUGCUGUCGGCCGCGGCCAAGGCCGGGCGCCGCGACAUCGUGCAGGUGCUGCUGCGACGCAACGGCGCAGAUGGGCCCCUCAUGGUCACACGCGUGGUGCAGGUGCUGGGCAGCGGCUGUGAGGGUCAUGGUGUGCAGCUGCGGCUGCAGCUGGACGGCGCACUGGUGGAGCUGGAGAUGCGGCAGGCGCACUUGCGCCUCGAGCAACACCUGCAGCAACACCAGCAGGCGCACACGAUGCAGCCGUCCGCCCCGCCCCUCCCAGCGUCGUUGUACCCGGGAGUGGCGGAAACACAGCAGCAGGAGCACGCGAAGCACACACUGCAUUGGGGCGCGGCGGGCGGUGCGGCGCCGACGACGGCAGCGGGGGUUAUUGUCACCGGCGUGCCUGUCAGCGCGCCGCCGCUGUAUCCACAGCUCACGCCGUCACCGUACGGCACGUGCGCCUGGCUGCAGCAGGAGGUUGUCCGGCUGGAGGCCAGGGUGGCCCAGCUGCAGUCCGAGCUGCGGGAGCACGAGCACCGGUGCGAGAUGCUGGCGGCGGCGCAGCAGCAGGCCGAGGCGGCGCAGCGCCAGGCGGUGGCGGCCGAGGCGGCGGCCCAGCUGGCAAGGGAGCGGCGUGACCGGGACCUGGCACACGAGGCGCAGAAAGCAGCUGCGCAGGCGUUCGGGGCAGGUCACGGGGCAGCACGCGAGCACCGCGCAUGUGAUGCGGCCGCACAUGACCGGCGCCAGCAGCACCCUGCCCGCCGCCACGGCUAGCUCGCCGGCGGGCCGGGCGUGAAUGUUGCGCUGCGGCCCUGCGCUGUGGUGGCGGCGAUGGUGGCGGCGGCGGCGCAGGGCCUGGCAGGUGGCAGCGGCAGCGCUGGGCCUGGCGGCGCGGCGGCGGCGGCGGCCUUGGGCCCAGCAGUGGCGGCAUGCAUGUGCGCAGCGGAGGGGCCAGGCAAGGCCACGUGGAGGAUGGAGGAGAGCGCGGCGCCGCGAUGGACGCUUGCGGCCUCAGACGGGGGGCGUGCCGUAGUGGGCGCAGCCCACUCUUCCCUUGAGUAUUUAUUUUGUCCGGUGCCCUGCUGGUUGCGCAAUGUGUGGGCGUAUUUAUUCGUGCGCUGAACGAAGGCGGUGUGGCAUCCAUACAUUCAUGCAGCCUGGCAUUUACAGCAGGUGGCCCGGGGUCUUGUUGGGGUAUUCUGAUUGUGUCGGUUCAUGCAGCAGCCCGACUGGGUUCUCAGGGUGUAGGACUAUCAUGUUCCGUAUUUAGUAAAGGUCUCUGUCAACCGCAUGUCCGCCGCGUUCGGUGUGUUGGCCGUUCACGUGGUGUGUGGAAGUGGUCAACGCCAGGGCAGGGAAGCAAUACGGAAGCUGCAUCUGCAUUGCGGAGGAUCCCCCCGCAAGCUGUGUCUCAUGCCUGCUCACGCCUGUACUCGAGUGGCGGCGAGCUCAUUCCCAUGCGAUUGCCCAAAACGCAACCGCUCCGGCUGCAGGAUUCCCUGCUGGUACGCCGUACUGCCAACGUGUGACGGCUCGAGCCAAGACGCGCUAGAAAGAAGGGCAUCGACAGCGGGCAAGUUACAUGCGCCGCACUGCGCCUCUUCACAUGCAACACCCAAGGCAACACCUGUGCAAACAUCUGUAGUUAGUGAACGUGCACGGCAAGAACUGGGUGCAGUGCUCGUAUCUUCCAUCUACACUGUAGAAAUCUGCCCCAAAUCCGCCGAAGGCGGAGAAAAAAUUUUGGGUUUGGGUGCCACGCAUCUACGCAGUGUAGACGGUUUUGGCCGGUUUUGGCGCAAAAAUGGGGGAAGCGUAGACGUUUUGGGGGGCUUGGGGGCUUAAGUGUAGAUGCCGCGGUCAGGGUCAUCUACGCAUGUGUAGAUGCCGGGUGCCUGAGGGCAUCUACAAGAUACGAGCUGUAGGCGGAACACGGAAGUUCUACGACACACAAGUAUAUAACCCUGCGGACGGCGCCCUGGGGCAUCUAGAUGU